GAGUAUUUGGUUCUUAGGACUUCACAAGCUGGUACCGGAAUCGGUUUCUCACUCCUGCUGCUUUCUUUGAACGAUGCCAAUACCAACGAAUAUGGUGUUUCAUAUUCAGUUUUCGCACCUUUUUCGUGUAACAAUAAUCUAGUCCUCAGACUAUGCCAUGUGUUAAAUUGUUUAAUGAAAAUCGAGUGUUUACAUUCAGUUAUCUAACUAUAAGAUGAAACUUCAAUAAUCAGAAUGAUUAAGUAUUUAAAAAAAGUACACAUUCCAAAAUAUAUUAUAACAGUGGAAACAUAUUUUAAAACAAACAAAUUAAUAGUUUUUUAAACAAAUAGGAACUUAGGUUAAUAAAGCGAUAUGAAUCUAAUCGCAACUUGAACGUAACCUAACAAGUGUUAUCCCAAAACAAAGAAAUACAUCAAAUCAAACAAUAUUAUGAAUAUUAUAUAUUUAUGUAUAUAUAUAUAGUUCGUAUUAAUACAAAAAAUGUCGGUAACAACAGCGGUAGUGCUCAACUUUGUAAAAUAAUGCUUAAGCGACUUUUAGUAAAGUGACGUCGGUAAGUGACCAUACAAAUAAUUGUAAACGAUGCAACAACAUUUGAAUACCCCUUACUUUAGACUAUAGGAGUAUACAAAGGUAUAAGGAUUACGCGAACAAAUGUUAUAAAUGCCAAGGUCUGUCUGGCGCCCACAUCAUUAAGGGAAUCUUCAAUGCGUAAAUGCAGCUUUUUUAAAUGGCUUUAAAUAAAAGUGUUCAAAUGACUUCCCUAUCGGUGGCUCACUUUGAUGGGAUGGAAAACUGCCAAGCGCCUCAAAGGUCAAAUCACGUUAGCUCCGUUUUGCUGUACGGAGUGCAGAUUGUAUCCUUGCACAUUGAAGGUCAAGAGCGCCUUUGUUUGGCGCAAAUCUCAAAUACAUUAUUAAAACAAUUCAGUUAUAACGAGAUACAUAACAGGAGAGUUGCUCUUGGCAUUACUUGUGUACAAUGUACACCCGUGCAAUUGGAAAUAUUGAGAAGAGCUGGCGCAAUGCCAGUAAGUUCACGACGAUGUGGCAUGAUAACCCGCAGAGAAGCGGAGCGUCUAUGCAAGAGUUUUUUGGGCGACAAUACACCUCCACGACUACCUGACGACUUCGCUUUCAACGUCCAACACAAAUGUGCUUGGGGCUGCCGCGGAUCCUUUCUACCCUCGCGUUACAACUCAUCAAGGGCUAAGUGCAUUAAGUGUUCAUAUUGCGGAAUGUUUUUCUCGCCAAAUAAAUUUAUUUUCCACUCACAUCGUAUAACAACUAAUGACAGGUACGUUCAGCCCGAUGCAGCGAAUUUUAAUUCCUGGCGUCGGCAUAUGUCUCUGAGUGGAAAUGACUACGAUGAAAAAAUAAUUCAUGCAUGGGAAGAUGUCAAAGCCAUGUUUAACGGCGGGACAAGAAAGCGACUUGUUGGUGGCAGCGCUAAUAAUCGAAAUCCUGGCUCACCGACGACAUCCACGGCGGUAAGUUCGGGAGUUGGCAGCAGUUCAUGUGGCUCACCAACGAAUUUGGAAAGAGAUGACAAGGAAAUCGACGGGGAAUCGGAGUCCAUGCUCCCACAACGCCCGAUAGACAGCCAGUACAAUUACGGUACUGUAGCUGCAGCCGCUGCAGUGGUUGGAGUAACGGCGGUAGCAGCUGCAACUGUUGGCGUUCCCUUUAACUUACAUGGCUCAACCGUCCUAUCACCUCUGCAUUCCCUUCGCAAUGAACGUGAUCUUUCUAUAAUGCCAAUUUCCAGAAACUUUGUAGUGGACUACAUGUGGCAGCAGAAGGACCAACAUUAUCAACAACCUUACUCAAGAAAAAUCCCCAGCGGCGACAACCGUGACUCAAGCCUGGACUUUGAUUCCUGUCCUCGGACUUGGGUUAGACCAGACACAAACAAUCCAUUCCCGAAUGCGAAUCCAGUUCGAACUUUGGAUAGUUGUUCUUUUAAUAUCAAAAACGAGUCCCAUUCAUCAAUUUAUGGUAUUAUUAAGAACCGUAAGCUCUCUGGAGUGGCAAACAAUGGGCUUAACCUGUCCGAUUAUAACAUUCCUUCCAUUCUUAAUUGCUCCGCGUUUAAACCAGUUGUCGCUUCGACUGCCAUCGUGUCAACUUCCUUGUACACAAGAUCUAAUGAUUCAAAACAAACUGACUGUGACAACCCAACACAAUCUACAAGAACUACAACGGUUUUAACGCGCGAUAGUAUUUCAGGCUCUUCCCACCAGAUAGUAGGACAUGAGACUUUUUCACCGAUUUUAGGAAAAAUUCAGUCUAAUCCGGAAAAGAAGUCAAUUGCUUCUCUUUUAGCAAACAGUGUAACAAGAAAUUCAGAUGAUAAUGAUGAUGACGACGAAGUUGUAGACAUCGAGACAACUGAAGAUGAAGGGAAAUUCGAAGUUCAACAGGCCUACGCCCCCAUAUCCGAAAGCGAAAGUACCAGCCGUUCUCCGUCUACAAGUACAAAUAUAGAUGUAGAGGCAGAAGUCGAUGUAGAUGUAGAUACCAUUACAACAGACUCUUCUGAGAACCAACUAGAGUUAAAUGGCGGCCGAAGCUCAACUGGGAACAGAAAUCAUUCCCUAUCAUGUUUCCAAACUGAGAAAAUAAAAAUGUCAGAUUUAUCUCCCAAAACAAAAGCGAGACUCGGCGAUAAUGAAGCUAAUACUUUAAAGGGUGCAAAAGGAAUUAAUGGACACUUAAAAAUUUUAACUCGACGAAAAAAAGACAAAAUCCAGAAGGAUCUUGGAAGUCUUUCAAAGAGAACCCUAGCAAAAUGUGUUAGGGAGAAAUCUCUUUUAAAAAACUUAGCAGCUAAUGAGCUAUCAUCAAGUUUGCAAAUUCAACAGCAAGUUGCCUUCCCAGUAUUUUUAAAAUCACACUUGCAUUCUUUUCGUCCACAAAAACCUCAGGAGGCGGUAUCCCUUAGCCCCAACUCUGUGGCGGAGUCCAAUAAAUGGAGGUAUCCAGUCGGCAACGUUGAACCAUUAUGUUGUUACCAAACGUCUGGAAAUAAAAAUUGUCUAGAAUUAAAGUAAUUUUUGA